AUUUUGCUUGCUUACCAUAGGUCAAUCCCCUACAUGGCUGCCGCCCUCCCUCUCUCCGGCCGCGUAGCCAUCGUCACCGGCGCCUCACGCGGCAUCGGCCGCGCCAUCGCCUCCCACCUUGCCUCCCUCGGCGCCUCCCUCGUCCUCGUCUACGCCUCCAACUCCGCGGCCGCCGAUCAGCUCGCCGCCGAGCUCAACUCCUCCUCCCACCAAUCCGUCCGCGCCAUCACCGUCCGCGCGGACGUCUCCGACGCCGACGCAGUCAAAUCGAUCUUCGACGCCGCGGAGUCCGCCUUCGGCGGCCGCGCCCACAUCCUCAUCGCAUGCGCCGGCGUCCUCGACGACAAGUACCCGACCUUGGCCGCCACUCCCGACGAGGACUGGGACCGCACCUUCUCCGUCAACACCCGAGGGGCCUUCCUCUGCUGCCGGGAGGCCGCGAAUCGGCUCGUGCCCGGCGGCGGCGGCCGGAUCGUGUGCAUCACGUCCUCGGCAGUGGGAGCGCUCCCGCCCGGGUAUGGGGCGUACGCGGCGUCGAAGGCGGCGGUUGAGGCGAUGGUGAAGGUGCUGGCGAAAGAGCUGAAGGGGAAGGGGAUCACGGCCAACUGCGUGGCGCCGGGGCCGGUGGCGACGGAGAUGUUCUUCGCGGGGAAGAGCGAGGAGUUGGUGAAGAGGAUAGUGGAGCAGUGUCCGCUGGGACGUCUGGGGGAGGUGGGGGACAUCGCGCCGGUGGUGGGUUUCCUGUGCGCCGACGGCGGUGAGUGGGUGAACGGGCAGGUGGUCCGAGCCAACGGAGGCUUCGUCAUUACCGCUUGAUCCAUCUCGCUUUCCUCGAGGAAUUAAUAAAAUGUUUUUUUUUAAAAAAAAUUGUGUGGCUGGCUUGGCUGUUAUUGUAUUUGUUUAGUUGUUUAAUUGACGCCAUAUGGUUGAAUGGGUCUCUGGUUUCA